ACAAAAUUUCUUGUUUAUCGAGAUACUUUCUAAUUUGAAAUUUUACUUUCGAAAUACUUAAUAUAGACCAUUAAAAAGUUUCCCAAGCUAGCUAAAUUUGAAUAAAUGAAAAAUUGUCGGAAGCUUGAAGAGGAAACAUUUAUAUCGAUUUCGCGAAACAAUCGUUACUCAGAAUUGCGUUAAUGGUAUCGAAGAUUGCGUACGCGCGAAGGAUUCGCUUAUGCUCGCCGCGUUUGGCGAUAUACUUGCAAAAACGUUCGCGGCUCCGGGGGGAGAGGGAGAGGGAGGACAGUCCAGUGGACAGGUAUUGUGCCGCCGUUUAUGGCAAAAGGGCUACCCGCAAAACCCGUCCCGCAAGGAAUAUUGCGAGUUUCGCUGCCAGUCUCGGAGUGCCUAACAAAUGCCUUAUUUGUUGGGCACACGUACGAACAUACAUGUAUCCGAGGAGGGAACCUGGGCAUGGCGAACGAGCCAUACUCUACAGUUUUCACUGGUGGUGAUGGUGGUGGUGUAGAAACGAUGGCGAGCGGUGAGAGCUGCUGCAAGGCUUGUCACCUGAGAAUGCGGACGGCGCGGCGAGCUGGCGUUAAAUGUCUGGCAUUCCCCCGUGCCUAUGCUGCGCCUAUCGUUCUGAAAAAAAAAUGUUACUGCCAGAAAGCCGCCGUAUUUUUGUGUUCACUUAUCAACUCGUCCGCAGCCCCGCAACAAGAACAAACGCUCCGCGGCCAAAUCGAAACAACGAAAAUGUACAAUUGAUAUAUUUGCGCUCUUAUUUCUAUGUACACAUGAAGAAUGUCUUUUACUUCUUUUCUAUAAUAUUUUGAUGAUUUUGUAAUUUCUUUAGGCUGUUUGGAUUAUUAUUUAAAUAAGACUGACAUUAAUUUUCAAGCAACUGUGAAGAUUACACGGUUUUGGCGAAUUAAUUUUCGAAAUCGUUCAUCAAUAACGAACUCUUUCAAUAUUUUUAUAAAAUAGGCCAACUCUGAUUUGCUCAGAAAGCUUAAAGAAUUUAUUUAAAGUACAUCUUGCGUAUUCAAUUAGGGUAAACAUAAAGGAGGGCAGACUGCGACUAUAACGUUUGCAAAUAGAGAGCAAAAAGGAAAUUAAAACGGAAGGUAUUUUUAUAUUUCGGUUCGAUAGUAUCUCUUAAAAAGAGCGGCAUUCCUCGUGGUAUUUGCGAUCGACUGCGGAACGUGACCGGACGGCUAGAAGCAGGCGAUCUCGUCGUUUCCUUUCCGAGUUAAAAAUUCCUGCGUAACCCGUCCGCGGCGGCGAGAACGGAGCGCAAAGAGCACGGGGAACGUUGGCGACGCGUAAAAAAACGGCGCGACGAAAAGUCAGAUGCCCGACGAGGCUAAUCCGAUUUCAUGGGACGACGGAGUCUUGCGGGCUUGCGUCGGCGGGACCGAUGUGUAGAGCGAACGUUCUCCGACCGUGAUUUCGAAUUUUCCCUUGGAUCUUUUCUCAUCGGUGCGCAAAACAUCCUUCUCGAGGCCGUAUCGAGAAUGAUCGCCGCGGUUAGCCGACGUGGUCGGCGAGCACGACGCGGAGCGGAGCGGCAUUUCGUCUCGGUUCAAUUGCCUCGGAAUCGUUCGCAACCACCGCAGCUGCGAGUUGUAAGCGAGAUUGGAUACACCUACUCGCGCGCAUUGCAAUUUUCGAUUCCCUUGAGCGCGUCGAGAUGCAUCGCCGGCUAUCAAGUCGAAUCGUUCUCCGACGAGCGGAUUCGCGAAGAAGAAAGAUAAAUUUUUUUUUCUUUUCGAAAUAAGUUCCGAGCAACGAUUAUUUAUAUUUUUGAUUUUAGAGGAAGAGUGUAAAGCUUUCUCUUUUCAUAGAAUUGAAUUUUAACUGUCAUCUAAUUUUAUAGUCAACAACCUGAAUAACACGAACGAUUCUCUUUCUCUUUCGAGACGGAGAUACGGGGGAGGCUGGCCGCUAAAUUUCGCGCCACAUCAUUCGUCAAUUACACAGGAGGAGGACAUACAUCGGCCACAAACAGCAAUUGUCCGGUGUCACGUUUAAUUGACGGUUAUAAAAUGUAGCGCGCGAGCGUGUGUGCAGUCGGGAAUAAUUUGGCGUGAGAGACGCGCGCGAGCCGGCUCUCUCUCUUUCUCUCUCUUUCUCUCUCCCGGAGAGAAGAUACGUCGCCACGUGAUUCCUAUAAUUUUCUGGAUCGUGUUUAGCGAAACGACAAGUGGUUUCCAAAAGUUUCGGGGUCGUACUACGAUGCGUACAUGACUGAGGUUUAUGUCGUGCGGAGAAGAAGAAGAAGAAAGAGAAAGGAGAGGGAGAAGAGAGAUCCAAGGGCCUCAACUGCCUACGGACGCUACGGUGUGUUUGCCGAAGGACUUGGAAGAGGAUUGACAAAAAUAACACCAUGGAGCGUAUCUUCUUCUCCGUCCUCUUCGAGGUGACGUGAAAUAACAACAAUAAAAGUCGACGGGGGCCGAUCAUGGUUUGUCCAAUUUUUUUUCAACAAUUUCGACAAAGCAUUGUGCGGAGAGGCAAGAAGCAAGAAAGCAAAGAGCAAGUUGCAGAUUAAAUCUCAACGAACUAUCGAAAGGAAAAUCGGCAAUAAUUCCGCCGAGAAGGAUUCAACGCUCGCCGCAACGCUCGCCGCGUCACGGAACGGGAUCGGCGCGUAUGGACGUCUUUCCAUAAAAGUGCCGAAGAUCAUCUCUAAAAAUAUAAUGACUGACGCCUUUAGAGCGCGAGACUGUCGGUCGCGCGCGCGGCGGCGGCGGCGGCUGCGUCAAUCUGGACCGCUCGCGCGAGCGAUACACACGCACGCAACAGGUUAUACGCAGCGCGGGGCGACCGCGCGCCGUAUCGUCGCCUCCGCGACGUACGGACCUAAUCUCGAUGCGUGCCGGCGCGUUUCUCGCGCUCCCUCGGCUCCGUCGCGAUGCCGACGGGCUGCCGCGCCACGCCGACCGGCAGCUGCCGCCGCUGAAAGAAUUGCCACGGGCUUUGUUCUCCCGCGAACGAACAGUGCGCCUUUUGUUGGACCUUAAUAUUCACCGCGUCUGAAUGGCGCUACGAAUUUGUUUUUUUCACGUCCAUAGGAGAGUUGCAUGCGAGACGCUCGCCGAGAAAAAAAAAUAUAUGUACAUGGCGUGAAACACUUUAGGGGGUUACCCGCGCGCACAUCCCUUUCUAGUGCAGCCGGAAUAGUUUUGUUACGGGAUAUAUAUAAAUGUUGAAUGUAUGAAAAUAUAUAUUGCUUCUCUCUCUCGAUGUAUAAUUAUGUAAUCAAGUUAGGUACACAAAAAGGAAGAUUACUUUAGAUUUAAUAAACAGUUUUCAUCAUUACAAUCAAAUUUGUUUACAACCAAUAAGUAUUGAAAGAAAAAUGUCAAAGUAUUAUUUGUUAAUAUUUCGACUUUUAUUCUCAGUUUAGAAAGUGCAAUGAGAGCUUGAUACAUUUCUCAAUAUUUUUGUCGUUACAUGUAAUAUAUGUAAUCUUAUUAAUAUCUUUCCUGUAUCAUUGAUUCGAGAAUUUACUUUCGUUUUAAAAAUAAAAAAUCCUUCGGAACGAUUUCUGACUGAGAAUAUGCGACUUCAAAAGGAUUCUGUUAGCAAACGUAAACAUUCUCGCCGUGGCUGGUUGAAAUCGCGCCGCGCAAUUAGGCGUCAGGCCGUUCCGAAGGCGGUAGCGAGAGUCGCCCUCCCGAAGCGUGAAAUAUUACUGUUCGAGCGCAAUGAUCCUCGAUGCCGAGCGCGCCGCGCCGUCGGCAAUUAGCCGGUAAUCUGAUAUCGAUAGCGGUAGACUCGCACGUCCCGGACUCGUCGAUGUCGAGCGGAUGCUUGUGCGAUGCGCCGCACCGCCCCCGUGCGUUCGAAAGCGCAGCGUGACGCGCGCACCCCCGUGGCGUUUGAUCCAAGGGCCAUCGCUUUUCUUUCGAUCCUCGCCCAAAUGUAGGUCCACGCCUCCUCGCACUCUCUUUCAAAUUCCGCGAGCACAGAACGGCACCCAUCUGAGCUCGAGGAAUUGGAGACUGUCAAUCGGAGAGCCCCGGAUUCAGUCAACUUCUUGAAUUUCAAAAUCUUUUUUUCUCUCUGCUGCACAGCUUCUCUUUCGUUCCCAGUCUGGUUGAAUUGUAGUCCUCGGUCUUCAAUAUGUAUAACCUGACAUGGGCUUCCCUUUCAAAAGAGAGAGAGAGAGAGCGGAUGAGGAUAGGAAACAAGUGUGAAAACUAACGAAGGGUCUCUUUGGAGGAACGCAUCGUGCGCACGCUACGCUCCGUGGAGCAUAUUUUUUCGUACCAAGGCCGCCUUUCUUUCUCUCGUCGCUUUAAGCGAGAAAUCUGCCUUUUAUCGAUAAACGUUACAAGAUCCAUUAAUGUUCAUACGUGGGACAAAGUAACACAUCGAACACGUCAGCACGGUCAGCUGGAAAUGCUUGCGCGACAAUUUAAAGCUUGUUGAGACUUUCGGUCAAGUUUCACGGCAAAACGGCGCGCGUCGGAGACUCCCAUCGGAGUAUGCAAAUACCGCUAUAAGAGCUCCUGAGAGCGAGGAAAAAAAAAGAAAAGAACAGAGAAGGAAAAAGACACGGAGAGAGAAAAAGAGGGAACGUGAUCUCGCGUACAUGACACUAUCCCACAGGUCGGGGAAAAAGAUUGCAGAUUCUAGCCGGGUUCUAGAUUCCGCGGUGACGCGACGCGCAUAGACAUUCGCGCCUUUCCGAGGAGGAGGCGAGUACCGCGAUUCGUCCGCAAAGGAGAGAGACAGAGAAACAGAAAGAGAGAGAGAGAGAGAGAGAGAGAGGCGAAAAAAGAUCUCCGGGUCUCUACGCCGCCGUCGUUCGCGGCACGAUGGCGCCGCAGGGCGCCGUCGCGCACUUCCCCGCUGACAACAACGACGACGGCGACGCCAGGCCCGUACACGUCACGCGCGCAGAUUCUCCCGAAUGACAGGCAGGUUCCGUCGAGGUGUCUGCGAGUCUUUGCGAGAGACUGUCUGAGAGAUCGUCUAGCCGAUCCUUCAGAGAGAUAAGAUUUCUUCCGGAAGGAAUGAGCUUUAGGUACGCGACCUGCCAGAGUAAAGAGCAAAACAAUCGAUUCUGACGGCUGUUUGUUCAUCGUUUAAAUACCAUAAAAUGGCCUGAAAUAAUCGCGAAAAGAAAGAGUCCCCGGCCUUCGUCCCUUCUUAUCUCUCGCCUUGAUUUUUUUAUGACUCGAAAGUUUGCGUGCGGGAUUUUUGGUAAUGUUGAUUUAUCGCGUGCGUUUGUUUUGUUAGCCGUGCAUCAAACGCAAAUCACGACUUUCAGUCAAGAAGGAUCGAUUUAAGAUACAAAAAUCGACUUUCUUUUCACAAUCAAGAUGGUUUAUGGUAUUUAAAUGUGAUGAGCAACAAUAACUCGUGAAAAUGAUCAAAUCUAUUACACAAUAAUAUAGUAAUUAUAUAAAUUCGAAGAAGAAUCAUCGAAACAUCUUUUAACAUCAACAUCUACGAUCUCUACGAUCUCGCUAUAGAUAUAUUUGUUCUUUUUAAAGAAGAUAAUGCUACGAUUAGACCAGUUUUAUAAGUCGCCAUAUUUAUGUGUGUUGUCAGAACUCAGAAAGGAAAGAAAACAUUCACAAUAUUAGAUUUUAUAUUCAAAAAAACUCUUUUAUUAAUAUCACCCAUUUAUACAAAAAUCAAUGCUUUAAUUUCGAGUUUAGCAUGUAGCAUCGUUCUGAUACUUGCCAGCAGCGCGCCAAGAACCGCGCAAAUCCGACUCAAUACCGAGGCCCUCUCGUCACUUCGUCUCAUUGCGCGUAUCGCACCGUAAGAUUAGAUAAACUCUCGACGGCGCGGGCGAAGGGGUCCCUCGGCACAGACCUGGACCCCGGUUCUCUGGCGUCGCUCCAUCUCGCUCGAUCUCGCGUCGCGUCGAGCGGCGCUCUCCGUCGGCGAUGCCGAGGACGCACGGGCCCCACUCUGGCGACAACGGAAACGAACGAGAUGAGCGCGGCCUGCGCCUUGCGGCUCGACGCGGAGCGCCCUACGUCACAGUGAAGUAUGUGCUCCCGAGUGUAGAAAAUGGCUGCGCUCUCCGCUAGUACGGGCGGAUGUAAAUAUGGUCUGUGGAUCGGCCUGGGAGUGCUUGCCGCGAGAUGUUUCGGCGUGUUGGGAAUCAUUUGCUACUGUGACGGACAUUGCCCGGACGGUAGGCAAAAUGGGACCUGUGAGUUGCGAGCUGGUGGCCAGUGCUUCAGCGCGGUGGAGGCGGUGUGGGACAGUGACGCCCAAGAGUACGUUCCCGAAUGGUCGUUUGGUUGCUUGCCGCCCGCCGAGGGAGGCUUCAUGCAGUGUAAAGGAAAUCAAAUUCCUCACUUACGAGAGAAGAGCAUAACGUGCUGCAACAACACGGCCUUGUGCAACAAAGAUCAAUUUCCUGAAAUAACCUACAAGUCCCGUCCUACCGCGGACACCGGUCCGAUGGUCAUCGCGUCGGGAGCGCCGCUAAUCAUCCUGGCGACAGCACUGUCAGCGAUUUUCGUCAUCGUCUCGAUAGCGAUAGGAAUCAUGUAUCACAAAUGCCGGAAGAAAGAGCGGGAUCCAUGUUUGGUGCCGUCACAAGGAACCCUCAGGGACUUCAUAGAUCAGAGCAGCGGAUCGGGUUCGGGAUUGCCGCUGUUAGUACAACAGACGAUCGCAAAACAGCUAGCUAUGUCGCAGUGCGUGGGAAAGGGACGUUAUGGCGAAGUAUGGCUUGCUAGAUGGCGAGGCGGCGAAAAAGUAGCGGUGAAGGUUUUCUUUACAUUAGAAGAGGCGUCCUGGUUCAGGGAAACUGAGAUCUAUCAAACCGUCCUCAUGAGACACGAUAAUAUUCUGGGCUUCAUCGCCGCCGAUAUCAAAGGAACUGGCUCUUGGACUCAGAUGUUGUUGAUCACAGAUUAUCACGAGAGAGGUUCAUUGCACGAUUACCUGCAAACGAUUGUAUUAGAUCAUCAAGCGUUGCUCGCGAUCUGUUCGUCGAUCGCGUCUGGUAUCGCGCACUUGCACACCGAAAUCUUUGGUACUCAAGGAAAACCAGCAAUAGCUCAUAGAGACAUUAAGAGCAGAAACAUUUUAGUUAAGAGGAAUGGGGAAUGUGCCAUAGCUGACUUUGGGUUAGCCGUUCGCUAUAUCAGUGAGACCGGAGAAAUUGAUAUUGCGCCAAAUACCCGAGUGGGUACACGGCGUUACAUGGCACCAGAAGUAUUAGACGAGACUCUAAAUACUUCCUCCUUUGAUGCAUUCAAAAUGGCAGAUAUGUAUUCUGUCGGUCUGGUGUUUUGGGAAGCAUGCAGAAGGUGCGCCACAGGUGGUAAGAAUUCUAUGGUGGAGCCUUACGCCCUACCUUAUCACGACGUCGUACCAAACGAUCCAGACUUCGAGGAUAUGCGCUUAGUGGUCUGCGUGAAACGAUUGCGUCCAGUUAUUCCAACAAGAUGGGAUAACGAUACGAUCCUAUAUGCAAUAAGCAAAAUGAUGUCCGAAUGCUGGCAUCCGAAUCCACCGGUUCGCUUAACUGCUCUUCGCGUUAAAAAGACACUGUCAAAACUACACAGUGAUAAUAUCAGCAUCAAGAUAGUGUAGUGUUUGACGUGAUUAUGGAAAAAAACUGAUUCUUCUUCUAGUUCAAACAACUUCCUACUCCUGUAAAUAUGCCCUUAGUGACAAUAGAAUUGUUGACAGACUGCAGCCUGAAGACUGAUGAUUAAUGUUUAUAAGUGUAAGAAAGAGAGUAUGCAUGAACGUACGCAAGGAACGAAUGACCGAUUGCAAAAGAUAAAUGAUAUGUAUAUAUUGUACAUAUAUAUAGGAGAGAUAUCCGUUAUAAAGUGUUUCUGAUUCCUUUAUCUUUCAUUGAAAAAAAAAAACUUCUUUUUCAUAUUAAAGAUAUAAAAUUUCAAAGAUAAAUGCAGAAGAUUUGGAACAUCUUGUGUAUAUAAUUUUCUUUUAUAUUUAUAUGAAACUUAUCAAAAUUGGAUAGAUACAAUUUUGAUAUGCUUCAUAUCGUGUUAAAACUUGUUGAAUAUGUAAUCAGCAAAGGCUUUUCUAUUCGAAAGUAGAAUAAUCAUAUAAAGAACAAUUUAUACUGUUUUGAUCAUACAAAGUCAUGUAAAACGAGUUCAGCGUGUGAAGGUACGACACGCGAAGUGUACAAAUUCAUUUUCACUUAAUAUAAAUCUUGCGUUUCACGUCAAUUCGUUCGGAAUUUGAAAGUAUGUAUAAUGUGCCUAAUGAGAUCUUGUAUACUAAGCUAAUGCUACUUUGCGGCCUAUGUUACGUACGCUGAAAGAGAGAUUCCUCUUUCAAGUACCUCAAAAUAUAUUUAUUAUUGAAGAUUAGCUUCGCAAUAUACGCGUUGCGCAUAUAAAAUUUGCGCGAGACAAAAAAAUCGCGCGUUAACACACGAUCAUAAAUGAUAAGUUUACGUAUAAUAUAACGAUAUAAUUUAUGAUUGCGCGCAAUCUUAAAAUAAUUAAGUAUUGAGGACUGUUAAUCCGUUUUAUGUUAAAUGACGCAAAAAUGGUACACAUUAAUCAGCAAUUGCAAAUUGUUAUGCGCAAGCUUAUAUUAACUGUAAAAAUUUGUAAUUUAUAUUUCUAACUACAAAUGGAAUAUAUUAAUCCAUUCGAAAUACAUUUUGGGUAUGUAGAUCAGUCAUCGAUUAUUCCAAAAUGAUUUAGUUACGCUGCCGAUGUAUUCUUUGAAGUUUUAUGCUUUUGUAUAGAGAAAACAAUUAAAAAGAAGAAAUUGUGGAAAGCUAACAAUUGUAUAGUGCAAUAACAAUGUAUAAUGAUGUAUGUUAUUUUAGAAGACAAUGUAUAAUCUCGCAUAUUUCUUCAAAUCUAUACAUUUAUUGAUCAAAUGAAAUAAUCAAAAAGUUUUUUUAUAUAAAUUAAAGAUUAUAAAACUGAAUCCUCUUCCUUUUUUAUGAGUGUAUUUCUUAAAAGUUUUUUCUCGUCAAAUUGAAUAUAAAAUUGUUAUGUAUGAAGUUUUUGCAUGUAUUUAAAAAAAAUGUAGAUUGUUAGUUGAUUGAAUAAUGAAACUUAUAUUUCUAAAAAUUAAAUAUUCUUUUUUUCUG